GUUUGUCAGUAAACAUAAUAGUCAUAAUACCCACUCUCUCGCAGCAAUCAAUUAGUUUCACUUUCACUUCAAUUUCGUUACGAUUGUUAAUUGUUGCAAGUUCUUCAUUUAUUCUUUAUCCAUUUAUUAUUGCUGAUGACAAUAUGAAGGUUAUUAUUCAAAGGGUUAGACAGGCGUCAGUCACAGUUGAUGGACUGGUAAUUAGUGAAAUUGGUCGUGGACUUUGUGUACUUGUUGGAAUAAAAGCUAAUGACACCCUUGCAGACAUGGAAUACAUAGUGAAGAAAAUACUGAAUCUGAAAUUAUUUGAUGAUGAAAAAGGUAAAAGAUGGGCCGCAAGUGUCAUGGAUAAGCGAUACGAAGUGCUGUGCGUUAGUCAGUUCACUCUCUACCAUGUCAUGAAAGGGAAUAAACUAGAUUUUCAUCGAGCAAUGUCUGCCGCUCACGCAGAACCAUUUUACAAAAAUUUUAUUGGAGAACUUGGAAAAGCUUACGAGCCCGAGUUGAUUAAAGAUGGCCAGUUCGGGGCACUGAUGACAGUUCGCAUUGAAAAUGAUGGACCAGUAACUAUUGAAAUUGAGUCACCUAGCCCUAAAGAAAUUCCAGGUCUCGUUCCAGAAUAAAUAGAACAUAUCCUUAAUACUUCCAUUGUCAAACAUAUACGUUAUUUGAUGAAUAAUUACACUGAUGUUAAUUGCACUUUCAUUUAUUCGUGAACUAAAAAAAAAAUCAUUGAGUCCAAAUUUUGUCACUUUGAAUUUUUUCCCGGCUAAGCGAUGUAAUUGAUAAUUACAUUUUUGCCGUCAGUUACGUCUCUGGCGCAGCAUGAUUCUCAUAAUGUGCGGAAGUAGGAAAAUAUGAGAGUCUCCUGGAAAUUUACUAAUAAAUACGUUAAACAAAGAACGCGCUGUUUAAUUAAAAAAAAAUGAUUGUUAUGUAUGCAAUUUCAUCUCGCGGCAGAGUGUAUAUGUGAAAAAAAUCGUUGAAGCUUCAAAAAAGCAUAAAAAGUGUCAAUAUGUCAGUGAGGAAAAAUAACCUCUGCAUCCUGACACUUGGAGCUUUAGUUUUUAACUAAUCCCAUUAAUAAAUAAUAAACGAGUAA